AUGAAUUCAGUCCGUUCCCUUUUUUCUCUCUUCCCAGCCAGUCUCAACACAAUUACCCACUUGAGCGUGCCAUGCUCACUCACGCACGCUACCAGCGUCCAUAUCAAUUGCUCUUUCGUCCGAAGAGCCAACCGGUACCACCAAAUGGAUCACCGAUACUUCCUGCUGGAUGACGCAGGCCAUCCAAUCAAGCUCUCCACGAUCAUCAGCGUAGGCAACCACGCCGUGAUCGUCCGCGGGGCCAACACGGUCCGCAAAAUGGCGAUCGUCCACACAUAUGACAGCCCCGCCAUCAUCCUCACCAACCGCGCCCACAUCAAACAAGAACAGACUAUCUACCGACUCCUCCAACCAAAUAUCAACAUGCAUUGUCCAGGCAUCGUCCCAUGCACCGGGCUGUGGGGCAGUACCAUCGAACUUCAGUACAUGUCCCAGGGCACUCUGGAGAACAUGCUGAAGCAUAUGGGUGUUCCAUCGAUGGCACUCCAACGACGCUGGCUACAGCAGCUAGCCGAUGGUUUAUCAAACAUCCACGCACACCACAUCCUCCACAAUGACAUCGCACUCCGCAACAUCCUGCUUGAUGGAUCGUGGAAUAUUAUGAUCACGGACUUCGGCGCGUCUACUAUCGUCCCGCCAGCCCGGGCUAUGAAUGACUACAUAGAUGACUACCACUGUUCCAUCUGGACUGAUCUGAUCCGGUUGGGCUCAGUCUUCUACGCUAUCCUCACUGGUAAGCGUUGCCCGGUGACUAUUUAUCCCGGGAACGGUUCCUGUGCUGAAUAUCCACCCCAGGAAAGUCUGCCGGACGUCACGGAUCUCUGGGCUGGCGGGAUCAUUGAGUAUUGCUGGAAUCCAAGGGCGGUGAUUGAUGGUGGUGCCCGGGAGGUUGUGAGGAGAGUCAGGAACUUGCCUCCUUAG